AUGAACCAAGCGGAAAGGGAAAUGGGUGCAGUAUCAAAACAAAUGGAACACUCGACAAGCGCUGCUCGCGUUGUGGUCAAUAACUUGCCCCAACUCGGUCGAACGGGUCUUGAAUUAUAUAAUCAAAUGCUUUGGUACGUUAAACUUAGCCUAUCAGCAUCGGUUGCGACAUCUUACAAAUUAAUGAAUGGAGAAAUGCAAUAUUUCUCGAGAUUUUGCUAG